GCAACGGCGUGGGGGAGGGCGGCCCGAGUGUGUGUGUCUGUGUUGUUGUUCCGCGGCGGCGGCGGCGGCGGUAAGAUGGCUGCCCACGGGGGCUCCGCGGCGUCGUCGGCGCUGAAGGGGUUAAUCCAGCAGUUCACGGCCAUCACCGGUGCAAGUGAAAGUGUAGGAAAACAUAUGCUUGAAGCUUGUAACAACAACCUGGAAAUGGCGGUCACUAUGUUUUUGGAUGGCGGAGGAAUUGCUGAGGAGCCCAGUACCAGUUCAGCAAGUGUCUCUACUGUCAGACCACACACAGAAGAAGAAGUUCGUGCUCCAAUUCCUCAAAAGCAAGAAAUUUUGGUGGAGCCAGAACCUUUGUUUGGUGCUCCUAAAAGACGAAGGCCUGCACGUUCAAUAUUUGAUGGUUUUCGAGAUUUUCAAACUGAAACUAUUAGGCAGGAACAGGAAUUAAGAAAUGGAGGAGCAAUAGAUAAGAAACUGACAACCCUUGCAGAUCUAUUCCGGCCCCCAAUUGACUUGAUGCACAAAGGCAGCUUUGAAACAGCCAAAGAGUGUGGCCAGAUGCAGAAUAAGUGGCUGAUGAUAAACAUUCAAAACGUACAAGAUUUUGCAUGCCAGUGCCUCAACCGUGAUGUGUGGAGCAAUGAAGCUGUGAAGAAUAUUAUCCGGGAACAUUUCAUUUUCUGGCAGGUUUAUCACGACAGUGAGGAAGGUCAGAGAUACAUACAGUUUUACAAGCUAGGGGAUUUCCCCUAUGUUUCCAUUUUAGACCCACGGACAGGUCAGAAGCUAGUAGAGUGGCACCAAUUAGAUGUAUCUUCUUUCUUGGACCAAGUAACAGGGUUUCUGGGUGAACAUGGGCAACUAGAUGGACUUUCUAGCAGCCCCCCAAAAAAAUGUGCCCGAUCAGAGAGCCUCAUAGAUGCCAGUGAAGAUAGCCAACUGGAAGCUGCCAUCAGAGCCUCCUUGCAAGAGACACAUUUCGACUCAGCACAGGCAAAACAGGAUAGCCGCUCAGAUGAAGAAUCUGAAUCCGAACUUUUCUCUGGCAGUGAGGAAUUCAUAUCGGUUUGUGGCUCUGAUGAAGAAGAGGAGGUAGAGAAUCUUGCUAAGUCCAGAAAGUCUCCUCAUAAAGAUUUGGGGCAUAGAAAAGAGGAGAACAGAAGGCCACUGACUGAGCCCCCAGCCAGAACUGAGCCUGGCACAGCCACAAACCAUCAAGGAUUGCCAGCCAUGGAUUCUGAGGUCUUGGAGAUGUCACCUGAAAAGUCAGAUGGAAUAGUGGAGGGGAUAGAUGUAAAUGGACCAAAAGCACAGCUGAUGCUGCGGUACCCAGAUGGAAAGAGGGAGCAGAUCACUCUUCCAGAGCAGGCUAAGUUGCUGGCUUUGGUGAAGCAUGUGCAGUCUAAAGGAUAUCCAAACGAACGUUUUGAACUUCUCACCAACUUCCCUCGGAGGAAACUCUCUCAUCUGGACUAUGACAUUACCUUACAAGAGGCGGGCCUCUGUCCUCAAGAGACUGUCUUUGUACAGGAAAGAAAUUAACACCAUGGCCUGACCUCUCUCAGCUUACCCUUUUUUUUUUUCUCUCUCUCUCUUUUUCCUGUGAGAUACAAUGUCACUAAGUAUGCAUUUUGGCUCAUAGGACUACAGAGCCAAAGCUGGGCAAGCAGUUCACCUGCCUUUUCUUUAUAUCUUUCUGUCACCUGUAAAUCAGUUUCCUUCCCACUUAUUUCUUUCUCCCUUCAUUUUCUGUCAUUUUCUUCUUUUUCUCACUUUGUUUCUUACCAAGUGUGAUGACCAAAUGGAAAUGUGAGGCUAAGAAUAAGAUCUCUUCUAGUCUUGGCAGCAGGAAAUGUGUGUUCUAAUAAGUGGUCUCUUGCGUGGCACCUUUUGGGUUCUAGUGAUGUUACUUCUAGACUGUCUUGACAGAGAAUGGCUAGGAUCAGAUUAAAAUAGCCCCAUUUUAGGUAGGGAAAAAAUAUUCUCUUGACAUGCAUUUUGCUCAUGUAGAAAGAUCUCAUAAUGAAACAUUCAGGCUUUUGUUUAUCUGGAAAAAGCAUCCUUUAUACUAUUGCUCAUCAUAUUUAAAAUUUCCUUCAAUUAUUCCCCUCUUCCAGUGACAAGUCAUUUCCAUGAUAUGUGUUAUUGGCAGAAUGAGUGCUCAGUGUAUUAUGUGUAGUACAGGGUGGCUUUCAAUGUCCUAGCCUGAGACAGUUUUCUUUAUUAUUACUCAGUUAAUUAUAUUCCUCUUUCCAGUCCUAGGAUGAACCUUUAGUAAGCAUCUUGUGUCUGGGCUAGGAAGGUGCUUGCUAUUUUUGCCUGCACAGCAAAUUAGUUCCUUUGGCUCCAUUGUCUGAGUCUAUAGUAUUCUGUAGGAAGGCAGGUGUUCAAUAAUCAUGUAGUACAAUGGCUUUGUAAUUGUAACCACCAUGGUUAUUGAUUGUCCUAUGUGCUUAAGGCAUACUUACGUAUGUCCCAGGGUUGGGUGGGAUGGGCAGGGGUCCCAAAAACCUGCAGCUGAGAGUUGCUUGCAACGUUCUUUUGGUUAGAAAUAGUGAUUUGUUUUUUACCCCCAAUUGGAAUAAUCUCUAAAUUGUCUGGUAACUAAUUGACCUUAAUUCCUUGUGCUGUUAUUUUAGAAAAUAUCAAAACUGAAAGUCUUUGAGAGGAAGACCUUCAAACUCGGUUCAUAAGACAACAGUUAGUAAGAGAGAUUACCAGUAAUCGUCAGAUGUGAGGGUUUGGUUUUGUUGUUUUUUUUUCCAACAAAAGUCACAUUCAAAUUGUAUUUGGUGAAAGCUUUUUCAGUAUUACUUAGAAAAGGCCACCUGACUCUAUAGUACUAUUCAGUACUAUCAGCUUCACUGUAUGUUCAGUUCUUUCCUUGAGCUUUAAAUAGUUCUCUACCAGGGCAGGUAGUAAUUUGGUGGGAAAAUCAAAAGUUUAAGCUGGUUAUAAAACCAUUUCAACAGAAUAACUUAUCUUGUCAAUUGAAGACUAAUUGAUUCUUGUACUUGAGGAACAUAAAUUGCGAUUGCUCAGAAACGUUUGGGUUCCUGUAUACUUUCAGAUUGCUCUUUUGGCAACUAGGGGAUUAAAAAGAUAAACUAAAGAGAAAUGGUGUGUUGCUGGUAUGCAGCUAUAGAAUAUGGUUGUUAAUGGUUGGAUUUUGAGGGACCUCCUUAAAGAAUGGGUUAUGUAUCUCCUCAAGGAAAUCAUGGGAAAUUCUGUUAUUUUUCAGUGAGUCCUUUUGAAUUAAUGUUCUUACUUUUUUUUUCUAAGUCUGUGUAAGUGCUUAUGUAUAAGUAUAUAAUUGUAUAAAUAUUUAUAAAUAUAUUUAUAUAAUUACAAUUUCAUUUAUACCUUGAGUCAAAGUUCUCUCUUUAGAUUGGUUACUGAAUAAUACCACUUUGGUGUUUUUUCAUAGUGCUUGAGGCUUAAUCAACAGUUUGGAUUUAUUAAGCAAAUAUGUUAAUUCCUCAGUUGUAUCUCUGAACUUGAAUAAAAACUGGCUGUCUGAGGAAUGGGGCUGUAUACUCUCAGAGGUACAGUAGAAGGCUUAAAAAAAAACCUAUUAGUCAAAGUCAGCAGUCUAAAGCUUAGGGGAGCCACAGGGUAAAAAGUAAGAGAAUACUCAGCUUUGCUACGCUGGUACCAUCUCCACACCCAACACAGACCCAGCUAAAGCCCAAAUCAGUAAGAAAUGUGAAGUCAAGCAUUUCCCUUAGAGAACUCUGCUGCACCUUCUUGUCCUGUUAGGUUGGGUUCUCUUAUAUAGCAAAACCUGCCUUGAGAACCUGAAGCAGGAUGUUCACAGGUGAGAGGGUGUAUGUAGUUCUUUUAUAUGCUUAGCACUGGCAGAUCCAUUUAUGAGAAACCAAAGUAAGAUGACCAAGUAUAUAUGUGAGUUAAGAGACAGGGCGUCAUGCAUUCAUCAACCUUAGUCAGGAUGAUCCACUAUAGAGGAUUUUAUUUCUUGUUGACCAGGAGUGUGAUUAUCAGGGUUGGCACAUGGGAGGAAGGAUUAUGGAUUACAUGAGAAAAAUAAAUGGGAAUAUUACCUUGCUCAAGAAUUUAAGCUACGAAAAAAAAAUAGUUUGCUGUAGUUCUUCUGCAAGUUAUUUUUCUUCAAGGGAAAACAUUCAUUUGGUAGUCAAAUAAGGUCUGUGAGGUCAUUUAACUGUAGUGAUUCCUGUAGUUAAUAGAAACAGCUCAAAAGUUUAAAAUAAGGAGAAAAGGGACUUGAGUGGUAUAUAAAGAGAGGGAAUGAAAACUAAUAGGGAAAAUGAAAGAAAUUGCUGUCUGGACUUGACAGCUCAAGCAGUGCCAGGUGAGGGAAGAGCAGGACUGGUUUUGAGUAGCUAGCAUGUGUGAUGUGUGCUCUGUGUGUAUUUCCUCCUUCAGGCUUCAUGCAGUCCCCAUACAGUAUGUAUGCAUUCUACUUAUUUGUGAAUGAGGAAGAAAACUGGAAUUCCUACAGCUUCUUCAGUAUGUUAUUAAGAGUAAGGGGCAAAUUAAAAUCAGAGCCCAGAGUCUGUCUUUACCUUGUGUGGUGUGUUGUCCUGUUAGUUGGCGUCUGUUUACUUUGAAAUCAUCUUACUAUUAUUUGGCUUUAUAAACUAAGGGGUUUUGUUUCCUUAAAGCUGGAAGGAGUGGUUGGGGUCAAGAUUAUGGGAUUUGCACUAUCCCUAUGAAGUCUUAAUUAUGCCAUUUUUAGCAGGCAGUUGUCCAUUGCUUUUUUAAAAAUAAUUCACUAAGGAAAAAUGACUACAGCAUUAUUUGCCAAGAAUAUAUGGAAACCAUAGAAAAGAUUUUUUAAAAGAGAAGAUACAUUUUUUUUUUUCUGGUAGAUUAUUCACAGUAGAUUAUUGAACAACCCUUUGUUUUUAUACCUUUUGUUCUAUCUUAUAUCUAAUUGUAUUCAUGCUCUAUUGAGUCUAUAGUCAAAAAUUGGAAAUAUUUUGAAAGUCAAGAUCUAGUUUGAUUGUUUUACCCAGUUAGGGUGUCCAUGUACAUGAAUAACAUGUAUCCAUGUACAUGGAUAACGGCAGGAAGGUGAGUGUUCUCCUUUUCAGGGAUGAACCGUUAUUGCAAUAGGGAAUUAGGAGGAAAGAGUAGUGUAGGUUUGUUGGGGUGUCCUCACAGAGAAGAAAGGUGGGCAGUGGCAAGCAUUGUAGCACAUUCUUUGACUCUGGUAUUUAUAAAUAGUAGAUUUGAGGCAAGACCUUUCCCAGGGAAAGGGAUUUUGAGCUCCAGUACUAUAAAGUCUCUUUAAUUAGCAGGAAUCUUAAUUGAACACUUAAGAAAACUACCAGAGGGCUCCUGAAAAAUGAAGGCAAGAUCUUUGUUCCUGGGCACAGUCCAUGGUGUUUGACACCUCCUCCUUCCUGGCGGGUUGCGUGCACUUUUCUGCUCAUCUUGGCAAGUGGCUUUCUUCCUCUGAAUCUUAAAUUUCUUUUGUUAAAAAAACAGACAAUUGGACUAGAUUAGUACUAUCUUUUUGAGUCAAAAGACUUUAGAUGUUUUUAAAGUUUUGACAUGAGUGGGGAAUGGUAGGGUUAACUACUAACAGAAUUAACUUCAUGGAGGAAAUAUGAGUGUGCACCUCGAGUCAUAGCUCUACAGAACUUAUGUACACCCCAAUGUUUUAUGCACCUAGUCUUUCCCUUUAUUUUAUAUCAUCUUCAGACUAAUUAAAAGUGUACUUGUUAAGCAGUUCCUUUGGUUUUUUUUCCCCCUGUGUUCAAGUGUCUUCUGCCCAAUCUCUUACAGACCUCACUGUGGUGACAGAAAUCCCCCCAGAGUACAAGAGUUACAGAUCUAGUGAUCUGUAAGCAGGCAGUUAUUUUUUUAAACUUAAUUCUGUAAGUCUAAUGAGUUUUAAGAAUAACUGAAAUGCAAUGAAUGUGAAGCAGAUAAUGUCCCCAGCACUGCAGCUUAAUUUGUGUGCUUUAAGCUAAAUACUGACCCAGCAGUUUUGAAGCUGAUUUGUGUAAAUUGUGAAAUUCACACUUGGUUUGGGCAGAUAUGACCUUUUCAAGAUUUCCAUCAAGCUGAGUUUAAAAAUAGUUCUUGUCCCAUAGAGUGGAUCUUUGUGGUGUCAUACUGUUUAGAGAUCUUUCAUUUACUUAGUAGUAAAUUGCAGAUACAACCUUAUAGGGAAUGCCUUGUUUAAAACUAAAACUUGAACAGUAAUGAGAGUAGGCAGAGCCAGCCCUCUUGAGAGGCUCACGCCUUCCCAGCAGCUCAAGCCUUAAUGAGUAGUCUGCCUCUGCACAGUCACUCUACCACUGCGUUUACUCCCUAGUCCUUGAAUGGAUACCUAAAGGCCCUGUGGGCAGUGAGUGAAUUUCAGCAUUAUUGGUUUGCCUUGCUUAACAUUUCAGUUGUUCGCCGUGAAACUUAGAAUCCCUAGUCCACAUUUUAGAAUGGGGCAAGAAUGUUACGUUCUUCAGAACUCAAAAUAACCAAAGAGUACCAUUCUAAUAUAUUACAUUGAUUUCUCCUAUAAUACAGAGAUUUAAUAUUUCAGUGAUGAUUAUUUGGAUUUUAGACUUAUGUUUGUGUCAGCCUGGUAAUGAGACAUCUUAGAAUUAAGAAUUAUUUGGUUUAUUUAUCUUUAAGAGCAGAGAUUAACUUAGUCUUGGUUGAUUUCUUUAUAAGGAACUCAGGUGCCUAGAUUAUUGGAUAUGAUGAAACCCUGAAGUAGAACAACCAUUUAAUCUUGCUUUUCCAUUCUUUUUUUUUUUUUUUUUUUUGUCUGUUUAGUUCUGUUUUCAACCAUUCUUACAGAGUUCAAGCUAACAACCUCCUUCCUUUCCUUCUCCUCCUCCUUUUUCUCAUCUUCCUUUUCCUUCUCCUUUUCUUUUUCCCUUGAGACAGGGUCUCUUUAUGUAGUCCUGGUUGUCCUGAAUCAGGCUCAUCUCUUAAGUGACUGUUUAGUUAAUUGAACAUGACCUUUAACCUCUGGGCCAUCCUUAUAUUAAAGUGAGCCACCAUGCCUGUCUCUUCUUCAUUCUUUACCUAAUUCUUCCCAAAAUUAGUCAUGAUAUUUAAUAUACUUUGCUAUGUUUUAAAAAUUAUAUUUCUCAGCCUUAAUAUAUAUAUCUCAUUUUUAAUAAAUUAAUAUAGAAGGGAAUACUUUGAGGCAAACAUCAUUUUUUACAGCUCAUUUCUUCCCUUAGGAGAAUUCUCAUUCCAAGUAAGAAGAUGGCUGGCUCUGUGAUAAGCCUCCAAGGCAGUUAGUUUAUUUGGUUACAGGUUUUUGGUUGCCCUACUUAAAUCUCACCAUUCUCAUAAACAUUUUGUUUUUUUAAAGAUACAACUGCUGAACCAAUACUUAGUUUAAAGCACACUCAGUUGCCCAGGAUGGCCUGAAACUCAGUAGCCUAGGUUGGCCUAGAGCUCUCCGGGGAUUAUAGGUGCAAGCCACUACACCUUGCCUAACCUGAUUCAUUUUUACUAUGUUUUUAACAUGACCUUUAUGCCAUAUAAUCCCAAAAUAAACUGGGUAAUCCAUAUGAACUACUUUACUAAGUAUAGUGAAGUUUACAAAAAUUUGCUGGCAGGGCAGGAGAGAUGGCUUGGUAGUUAAGAAUACUUGUUCUUGGGGCUGGAGAGAUGGCUCAGAAGUUAAGAGCACUGGCUGCUUUUCUAGAGGUUCUAAGUUCAAUUCCCAGCAACCACAUGGUGGCUCCCAACCGUCUAUAAUGAGCUCUGGUGCCCUCUUCUGGCAUAUAGGCAUAACACUGUAUACAUAAUAAAUAAAUCUUUAAAAAAAAAAAAAAAAAGACAACACUUGUUCUUGCACAAAGUCCUCCGUUUGAGUUCCAGGGACCACAUACCUGCCUAUAACUGUCUAUAACUCUAGUUCCAGUCUAUCCAACUCUUCUGAGUCAGGCCACCAGUCACACAUGGGAAGCUGAGGCAAGAAAAUUUCUAGUUCCAAGUCAUCCUGAAGUUACAUACCUUAACUCAAAAAGAAAAUUCUCCUUGCCUCAUCUUUUUUGAAUGCACCUGUAGUUUACUGUGCCAUGUAUUGUACAUUGCAGUACUCUUCUAGCCUCAAUUAAACAACAUUAUUCUUUCAGGAAUUACAAUUAAAGUUACUAUAAUGCCACAUACAAGUAUGUAUUUGGACACGAGUCUCAUUGCUCUGAGAGAAACUAGUGAGCUGUAGAAUUACUGGUUUAUAUUGUGUUGAUGUUUGAUUUUUAAGGAGGCAGAAAACGUGGAGCAGCUGAGAGAACUUGCUGCUCUUGUAGAGGACCUGGCUUAUUUCUCAGCAUCCACAUGGUGGACCACAGUCAUCCAUAGCGCUAGUCCCAGGCGAUCUGAUGCUGUCUUCUGACCUCUGGAGACUUCUGAUUUCUCUGUCACCAGGCAUGCAUGUGGUACACACAUACACACACGCAAAAACAGUUAUGCACACAAAAUAAAAAUUUGUUUUAAAGAUUUGCUCACAUAAUUAGAGAUGUGAAUACCAAUGAUAGUAUUUUGCCUGAGAACAAUCACAUUAAUCUGUAAGUACGGGAAGUUACAUCAGUGCACUUAAUUCUUUGGCAGGAAGCAGCAAUCUUUUACUGGGCAAUGGCACUUCUAGCAAUUAAACUGCUUAAAGAUUUUAUAUGCCUCCUAAUGCCACUUAGGUUUUCAAAUGGGAAAAAGAGUCAAGGUAAACUGGAACAAUAGUGAUAACCAGUGGUCUAUCUCCACCAGAAAAGCAGCUGUGGGCUGGUGUGCAGCUCAGAGACCGUGGGUUAGAUCCCCAGCAUUACUAAAUGGAAAAGUUUUAAUCUAACUGGGAUAGCGAGAGUCAUUUAUUGGUCAUUUGAAAUUGGGAACUGUUUUAAAUGACAUAAGUUCUGACCUGAAAUUGAAUUUUCCCUUUCUCAAAAAUCCUUAAUAAUUACUUUCAUUCAUGGGCUCGUAUGGGGACCAUUCACUACUGCCCUGUUUUCUUCCCUGUGUCAAGAUAGCCGAGAGUAGAGUGUGUGUCACCAGGAUGAACUGCAAGCUAAUCACAUUAGAAUAUUUAUAUUUAGCUGGAAACAUCGUUUUCAACAAAAUGAGUAUGGUAUGCCUUUUUUUUUUAAGCUGCUGUAUUUCUUAACAGAAAAUAUCAACAAAUAUUAAGUGAUAUAAUUCAAAAUACAAAUAGGCUCAUGAAACUAAUCUUAGGCUCUUAACUGUGUUGACGUUCUGCUGCCUCCAAGACAGUCCCCUAUAUUACCAGCUAACUAGAGAAAGUAGCAUGUGACCUCCACUUUUCAUUAAUGAGUGACAAGCCUGUAGUAGGAGCUGUUUAUUUUGUUCUUGGCAGACUUGGGCCUCAUUUUCUAGGUGUGCCCUUCUAGUUCAUAAAGGCUAGUUGUGUAGCACCUAGGAAACAGAAAAAAGCUGUGAGAUACCCUCUUGCCUCAGACAUGGAGAAAUGAGUGCUGUUUGAUACUGACUUUUAUGGUGUGUAAACUUUUGGGGGCUUCUGUCCAAGUUUUGGCAUGAAUAUUUAGACACAAGUUUUACACUCCUGGGAAUUCAUUUAAAAACAAAAAACAAAAAACUGUUCUGUUGGCUAUUCAGAAAUAACCAACCAAGCAUCUAGAUCUCUCUCUCUCUCUCUCUCUCUCUCUCUCUCUCUUUUCUUUUUCCAUAAUCAUUAAGAAAGUCCUCUUUCUAGUAAAUGUUCUGUGGAAUUUUCAGGAGUAUUUGUGGGCUUUGCGUGUCUUGUAUGAAUUCAGUUUGAAUAAUUCAUUUAGAAUCAUCUGGGAUGCCCAAUUCUGGCAAGUCUUUGCUACUUGUGUUUUUAGACAUGCCUCGUGUCUUUUUCCACACCUCACUUCCUGUCUUACUCAAUAGAUAAUUGAAGUCAAUUUGGGGUAUUUGCUUUACAAGUGUUUUUUCCGAGCAGUUCUUAACACAGUGUUUAGAUAUUUCCUGGGCUAUUUUAUGCUCGGUUUGCCCUGGACAAAGUGGUGGUCUUACUGAAAUGAAUUCUUAACACAGAACAAGUUCUAUAGUUCAGCUUGUUGCUGAAUCCAAGAAAGUAGUGGACAGAGCUAGUUCCUGUGGUGUGUUCCUAGCCGGGGCUCCUGAUAUGCACGUGGAGUUUCCAGGUUUCUGGGCAUCGGUCCCACAGUGCUAAGAGAGCAUUGAUUGUUACAACCCUUCUGCAAAGUGAAAUGAAAGAUUGGAGACCAGUGGGAUGGGAGAACCACACCAUCUACUCUCAAGUUUUUGUUCAAGGCGAAUGGAAGACUCCUGAAUAGCAGUGAUCCUAGAUGUGCUAGAGGAAGCCUGAAAUCAAAAGGCCCACGGCAGCAGGAGAGCUAGAACUGCCAGCUAAGAUGCACUGGACUCCACUGCUCUGAGCCUCAGGCAUUUUGGACACCUUACUGUGAUGUUUCCAUCGACACACGUAGGCUAUAGACAAACGCUCUCUGAAGUGAGGCUCUCUCUGUUGAUGAUUUAUUUCCUGGUUUGGGCUCUACCAAAUUGUGAGUAUUCGCUGUGUUGUGCCCAGUUGCUUUAUAUUAAUACUGCAACUUGAGUUGGGGUGGGUGGGUGGGGCAGCAGGGUGGGAGAGGGAGGGGAGCGGAAUGAAGUCUUUUGAAGACAUCAGCUCACUGUGCUGAGAGAGGGACCAAACUCUAGGAAACCUCUGAUCUAUAUCAACUGCUGCAUUUUUUUAUAAAUACAUGUAAAUGUCCUGUUGUAAUAUUUGAUCUUGGAAAUAAAAACAAAAACUUUUCAAUAUUA